UUAGUUCACUUUCUACUGUCCCUCCCCUCCCUCAAACAGUUGUAUUGCGUCACAUGCUCACGUGUUGGAAUAUUGCCGCGUAAUUCGAGGACAGCUGAAAGACGCAAAUCUGCCUAGAUUUUCUUUUUUCUUGGUUUAAAAAAGUCUGUUCAACGCUGUUUCUCUUACAUAUAAAUCAUGGCUGCUGCUAAUGGGGACUUUGACAACGAUUUUCCUCGUCUAAAGCAACCACUGAGCGAAAAUGACCCGGAACUGUACGAAAUUUUGAAGAAGGAAAAGCUCCGGCAGAUCAAUGGAUUAGAGUUGAUUGCCUCUGAGAACUUCACUAGCCAAGCCGUAAUGGAGGCUCUAGGGUCUUGUAUGACGAAUAAAUAUUCCGAAGGACAGGUUGGGCAGAGAUAUUAUGGUGGGAACGUCUAUGUAGACGAGAUGGAAGCGCUUUGUAAGAAGCGAGCUCUUGAAGUGUAUAGACUUGACCCUGAAAAGUGGGGUGUAAACGUACAGCCAUACUCUGGAUCGCCAGCAAACUUUGCAGUAUACACUGGUCUACUCAACCCACAUGAUAGAGUGAUGGGGCUGGAUCUUCCAGAUGGUGGUCAUUUGACUCAUGGCUUCAUGACAGACAAGAAGCGAAUAUCAGCCACAUCUAUCUACUUUGAGUCAAUGCCUUAUAAGACAGACCCAAAGACUGGCUACAUUGACUAUGACAAGUUGGCCGAGAAUGCCCAACUCUUCCGCCCGAAAAUGAUAAUUGCUGGUAUUAGUGCGUACCCAAGGCACUUGGAUUAUGCUAAGUUUAGGGAGGUCUGUGACAGUGUUGGGGCAGUUUUACUAGCCGACAUGGCCCACAUUAGUGGUCUAGUUGCAGCUGGUGUUGUGCCGAGUCCUUUUGAUUAUGCUGAUGUGGUGUCUACCACAACACACAAAUCACUCAGAGGACCAAGAGCUGGGAUGAUCUUCUAUCGUAAGGGCAUUAAGGGAUACAAGAAAAAUGGUGAUCCAAUAAAAUAUGAUCUUGGUCCCAAGAUAGAUUUUGCAUUGUUUCCUGGGUUGCAAGGAGGCCCACACAAUCACCAAAUUGCAGCACUUUCCGUCGCUCUCAAACAAGCCAACUGUCCUGAGUUUAAAGCUUAUGCUCAACAAACUCUGUACAACAGCAAAGCAAUGGCUAAAGUCCUGAUGGAUAGAGGCUAUUCACUUGUAACUGAUGGGACGGACAACCAUUUGAUUCUUCUUGACCUCAGACCUAAAAAACUGGGUGGAGCACAAGGAGAGAAGAUCCUUGAGGAAAUUUCUGUGACAGUCAAUAAAAACACUUGUCCUGGUGAUAAGAGUGCUCUACAUCCUGGAGGCCUACGCAUUGGGGCCCCAGCCCUAACAUCUCGCAAGCUGAACGUCUCAGACUUUGAGAGGGUUGCAGAUUUUAUUGACCAGGGACUCAAGCUGGGUCUUGAGAUCCAGGAAACUUCUGGUACUGAUUUCAAAAAGUUCCUGGAAACCCUCAAAACUGAUCUUUUCAAAGGGAAGAUUGAGGCACUAAGAAAUGCUGUUGAAGAAUUUGCCAGUAAAUUUCCAAUGCCUGGAAAUGAUGUAAUUUAGAGACACAAGUUUUGAAUAUGUUACUGAGUACACAGUACGCAAAAGACUUGAAACUUAUCACAAAUAUAUUAUUGUAACUGUUAUGAUAUUAUUGCAAAUAAUCUAUUGCUUCCCAGAUGUUUCAAACUGGUUGUGUGUUUGCAGCACAUUAAUUUGCUGUGUUGAUGUAAAUUAAUUUUUUAGGAAGUGCAUACAAUAAUAUAAAGACUUUGCCAUGAUUAGUAAUGAGUGAGAUUAAGAAUACAAUUUUUCUAGUUCUUGCAUUGAACUCAAACCUGCAACUGAUUCUUUCUUAUAAAAUGUUGUUAUGUAGAGAUUAAUUAAUGAUUGGGUAUAAUAAAUUUGUCCUGUGCACUGUGCAUUUAUUA